ACAAUAGAGACGCGCGGUGUCGGCGGCUCGCGCUGGCUGAUGGGAGAGCGGCGGGCUAGGAGAACAGGCCGGCGCGGGCCACUGGCGGGUGGGUGUUGCAGAUUCACGCCGGAGACCCGGACCUAAGCAGUGAGGGUUCGAGUCCCUUCCCCGCCCGCGGUGGACGGGGAGCAGCCUCACGGUGUCACUUCCGCUCACCUAGGGCCUCCCAUAAGCCAGGCCCGAGACGAGGCGGCCCUCAUAGGACCCCCAGUCCAGGUGGCUGACAACGAUGAGUGACACGCUUGAAAACGAAGACCCCAUGGAGGGCUGCGGCCAGGACAAUAGCCGUGCGCUAGAUAGCCCCAUGGCCCCAGCCUCCCAGGAGGAGGAGGGGGCAGGAGUGGCUGCAGUUGCCGGGCCUGGACUCUACAGCUACAUCAGGGAAGACCUGUUCACCUCAGAGAUCUUCAAGCUGGAGCUGCAGAAUGUGCCUCGCCACGCCAGCUUCAGCGAUGUUCGGCGCUUCCUGGGCCGCUUUGGCCUGCAGCCCCACAAGACCAAGCUCUUUGGUCAGCCACCUUGUGCCUUUGUGACAUUCCGUAGCGCAGCCGAACGGGACAAGGCUCUGCGCGUGCUACAUGGUGCUCUCUGGAAGGGCCGCCCACUUAGUGUGCGCCUAGCACGGCCCAAGGCUGACCCAAUGGCCAAGAAGAGGCGGCGCGAGGGUGAGGGUGAGCCGCCAGCCACACACAUCGCUGAUGUGGUGACCCCACUUUGGACCGUGCCCUAUGCCGAGCAGCUUGAACAGAAGCGGCUGGAAUGUGAGCAGGUUCUGCAAAGGCUCGCCAAGGAAAUUGGGAGCACCAACCGUGCCCUGUUGCCGUGGCUGCUCACACAGAGGCACAAGCACAACAAAGCCUGCUGCCCACUGGAGGAGGUCAGGCCGUCACCUCUACAGACCGAGUAUCGUAACAAGUGUGAGUUUCUGGUCGGCGUCGGGGUAGAUGGGGCGGACAACACUGUCGGCUGCCGGUUGGGCAGGUACAAGGGCGGGACCUGUGCCGUGGCAGCCCCCUUUGACACCGUGCACAUCCCAGAGGCCACCAAGCAGGUGGUGAGGGCCUUCCAGGAGUUCAUUCGGUCCACCCCAUACUCUGCGUAUAACCCGGAGACGUACGCUGGCUACUGGAAGCAGCUCACCGUGCGCACCAGCCGCCGUGGCCAGGCCAUGGCCAUUGCUUACUUCCAUCCCCAGAAACUGAGCCAAGAGGAGCUGGCAGGGCUGAAGACCUCCCUUGCAAAGCAUUUCAUGGAGGGGCCAGGCAAGGCCAGUGGUGUGAACUGCCUAUACUUCGUGGAGGAGGGACAGCGAAAGACUCCCAGCCAGGAGGGCCUGCCAUUGGAGCAUGUGGCUGGGGAUCGGUACAUCCAUGAGGAUCUGCUGGGGUUGACCUUCCAGAUCUCUCCUAACGCCUUCUUCCAGGUGAAUACCCCAGCGGCUGAGGUGCUCUACACGGUCAUCCAGGACUGGGCCCAGCUGGAUGCAGAGAGCACAGUGUUGGACGUGUGCUGUGGCACUGGCACCAUUGGCCUGGCCUUGGCCCGGAAGGUGAAGAGGGUUGUUGGGAUUGAGCUCUGCCAGGAAGCUGUGGAGGAUGCCCGGGUGAAUGCCCGCAUGAAUGAGCUGAGCAACGUCGAGUUCCACUGUGGGAGGGCAGAGGACCUUGUGCCCACCCUGGUGAGCAGACUGGCCGCCCAGCAGCUUGUUGCCAUCCUGGAUCCCCCUCGCGCCGGUCUGCAUUCCAAGGUGAUCCUGGCUGUCCGCAGAGCUGCAAACCUGAAGCGGCUCCUAUAUGUCUCCUGCAACCCCCGGGCAGCCAUGGGCAACUUUGUGGACCUCUGUAGGGCGCCUUCUAACCGUGUGAAAGGCACCCCUUUUCGGCCAGUCAAGGCUGUGGCUGUGGACCUGUUCCCGCAGACCCCGCACUGUGAGAUGCUUAUCCUGUUCGAGAGAGUGGAACACCCCAACAGUGCAGGGGCCCAGGACCCUCCUGCCCUGCCUCCACCCUCCCCAUCACCACCAGGGCCCCCAGAUGGCAUACCCCAGCAACCUGAGGCCCCCUCUUCUUCCUAGGCCCAUUACCAACUCAG